ACCAAUCAACACCAGCCUUUGGGCCAGUAUCCUACCUGCGGACCAAUCAACACCAGCCUUUGGGCCAGUAUCCUACCUGCGGACCAAUCAACACCAACCUUUGGGCCAGUAUCCUACCUGCUGACCAAUCAACACCAGCCUUUGGGCCAGUAUCCUACCUGCGGACCAAUCAACACCAGCCUUUGGGCCAGUAUCCUACCUGCGGACCAAUCAACACCAACCUUUGGGCCAGUAUCCUACCUGCUGACCAAUCAACACCAACCUUUGGGCCAGUAUCCUACCUGCGGACCAAUCAACACCAACCUUUGGACCGGUAUCCAGCUCACCAGCCUCUUUCCAGUCAUGGCGUCUGCUGGCCUGCUGUUCCUGCUGAUGAUGUCGUCCUCCCUCCUCCUCUCCAGCCUGGGUGAUCCGUCGCUCUCCAGCCAGCCGGGCGCCCACUCUCUACAGAAGAGGGGCAAAAAGACAGAGCGUUUCUUUACUGCUGUAGAUUACAUUGAGAAGGUUGGAAAGGCAGUGGGACCUUUUAUUGGGCUCAUACCGGUUGCUGGACCUUAUAUGAAUCUUAUUUUUCAUUUUGCAGCAGCAGCUUCGUUAGCCAAUCCUAGAGAUGAAACUGAAUUGAUCAAGAAAGAAUUUGAAAAUCUAAAUGUAAAGCUUGACAAACAACAACUGGAGACUAAAUGGGAUAUCUGGGCAACCAGUUACUAUGCAUAUGAGAAGAAAUUCGUGGUAGCCUGGGAGGCUUUAAAAAAUCAUCUGAUUGAGUGUACUAACUCAGACAAAGAAAAAAGGGAUACUCUUGAAAAGAAUUUCAAAAAAAACUAUGAGUUUAUUGCACGCGACACUAAAGAGAUGCUUCAAGCUUUUAAAAAGAAAGAUAACAAAGUUUCUUUCGGGACUGAGUUUGGAGGACUACUGAGUGCCCAUGUUAGAUGUCAUGAAAAGAAGAUCAAAGACUUCACUAUGCUGAUUUAUAGUCUUGUACACAAGGCCAACACCGUCAGUCAUUUCAUAUAUGGCCUCAAAAAGAUUGACCGAGUAAGUGAGCUAGCUGAAAACGCAUAUGAUUCUGCAGUAGUAAUGUUCGACAUUCACAAAAAAUGCAUUUCUGAUGCUGAUAAAUACAUUAAACUGGACAUUCAGGAGCAGAUUACUAAAAUCGAACAAAAAAAGAAACCAUUAGCAAAGACAAUCAGGUUGUUUUUGGAAAAAAUGUUUGACAGGUAUAACUGGAUAGUUGUUGCCUUCCAAAACCCCAAACAUGAAAAGCAAACGUAUCGAAACACUCACUUUUUAUCUGAAACAUUUAUUGAGGUGAAAACAGUGGGCAUUACUGUGGCUGCAGCCAGACAGGUCAAAGGGGCUCACACCAAGGCUGAUAAGGUAAAAAAAGCCAUAGAGAAGUGCAUUACCAAAAAAACAAAGUGUCAUGAAGUUAUAGAGCAGCUCAGCAACUGUAAGGAAUAUGUGGAUAAAAUUCCACUAAAAGAGACUUAUUCAGCCGUUCAUGCCUUUAAAAACAAAAACGCUGGCAGUGUAGCUGCGAAGGAUGCAGAAGAAGCAGAAGAAGCAGAAGAAGCACCAGAGGAUGACAUAGACUCUGAUAACCCCUCUGAUAACCCCUCUGAUAACCCAUCUGCUAACCCAUCUGCUAACCCAUCUGCUAACCCACCUGAUAACCCUGAAACACCCUACAUUUAUAUAGGAACGUGUACAAAAUACUUAAUAGGAAAAAUGAAAAAUUUGUUUAAGGUUGGACACUUUGGAGUUCUGAUUAAAAGUGAUGAAGAGAUGGAAAAAAAGUCUCCUUGCACCAAAAUUGACUGUGGUAGAAAAGGCAAAUGUGUUCUUUUGAAAAACACGUUCGUAGCAGUGUGUGAGUGUGAGAAAGGGCACUACGGAGAGAACUGUGAGGAGACCAUAGAAGGUUACAAGGAACACAUACUUAAAGAAAUGCCAAAAAACUGACCUAACAGAAUAUCAUGAAAUGAGCCUUCUGACAUUUUUACAAAUCCUUGUUUUCAUUUCACCUAAAUUCUAAUGAGGUUGAUAAAUGAUUCCACAACACUCCACUAACCAACUAAACCAACUAAAGUUAAUUAAUGAGCGUAACCUCUUGGAAGCAGCUGGAAACUUACUCUAUCAAAAGAGGCAAAACCCAUCAAAUCCGACAACAAAGUUUCAUUAACAUGCUGAGGUCAAGACACUUUUCAUCAAUUCUUACUGUGACAAGAAGUAUUAUAUUUAAACAAAUGUAAUAUUUCAGAGGACCAACAGGUGGAAAUAUCUGCUGGAGUCUGAUUUACAAGAAAAAAUUAAUUGUCCAAAAGUAAAAGACCGUUUUUGAAAUGAUUCACUGAAAAUAUAAAUGAAAAACUGGCCCAAAGGGCAUUUUUAACACAUAUUUGAUUGGCGGACGAAUCUCGUGAAAACAUUAUUUCCUGAGUGUCAGAUUCCAGGUUCAUUUCAUGACAUUUUGAAACCAAAAAAAGACAUGCUUGGGCUCAAACAUUGUUGAAUUUGGUUAAUAUCAGAAAAGUAUAAUUUUUAGCUUAAGUAUAAUAAUAGCAUUGUUCAUAGGAGAGAGCCGGUACAACAGUACCACAACAGAACCUUCCUGUAUGGAAUAUUGUGAUGUCAUAAUAGCACUGUUCAUAGGAGAGAGCCGGUACAACAGUACCACAACAGAACCUUCCUGUGUGGAAUAUUGUGAUGUCAUAAUGACCUUCUGUUUGACCAUGUGAUCGCACAUUUGUUUUUUGCCAACAAGACACUUUUCUUGCAUUGAGCUUCUCUUAACAUUGUGGUUUGCUUAAAUCAAUAAAAUAAAACAUUUCUGGCAUUA